AUGAAGUAUCUCUUUAAUUUGCUCUUGGUGAUCAUUUUUUCAAUCGACCACGGUGUGUCUGGUGUUGGUACAGAUAAGGUGUCAGUGUCAGUGAUGGAGGGAGAUUCAGUCACUCUAUACACUGGUGUUCAAACAAACCAACAAGAAGAUAUUAGAUGGUAUUUUAAUGACACUCGCAUUGCUCUAAUCACUGGAGAUCUCAGUACGAUCUGUACAGAUGUUCAGUGUAAUAAUGGCACUGAGAGAUUCAGAGACAGACUGAAGCUGGAUCAUCAGACUGGAUCUCUGGCCAUCACAAACAUCACAAACACACACUCUGGAGAAUAUAAACUACAGAUCUUCAGCAAAAACAGCACCAGUGACAAGAUCUUCAAUGUUACUUUCCAUGGUGUUCCUGAAGUGAAGAGAAAGUUACUGAAGAAGGGAGAAUCUGUUACUUUAGAUUCUGCUAUAGCAAAAAAAAGAAACGAUUCAAUGACAUGGUAUUUUAAUCAGAUUCUCAUUGCUGAAAUCACUGGAGAUCAGAGUAAGAUCUGUACAGAUGAUCAGUGUGAUGAGAGAUUCAGAGACAGACUGAAGCUGGAUCAUCAGACUGGAUCUCUGACCAUCACAAACACCAGAAACACAGACUCUGGAGAAUAUCAACUGAAGAUAAUCAUCAACAAAAGCAACUUCAGCAUCACUACAGUGAAGAGAUUCAAUGUUACUGUCACUGGUGUGUAUAAUUUAUUCAUUAUAAGUAAUUCAAUGCAUUUUCCUUUGAACAAUUAAAAAAAAAAAAAAAAAGUUCAGUAUUUUAAAAUCAACCCAAUAAUGUUUGAUUGUGAGCUGCUUAAAAAGCAAACUUUGAUUAAUGUUACUAACAUGAAAAAUCCAUAAUAUUAGUUUUCCUCGUGUUUUGUGUUGAGCUCACAGUGUUGAUGCUGUUUUAUCUGCUGUUAAAAAAACCCUAC